AUGGAGCAUCAUCGCUUGCCACGGCAUAGUUCGAGUCAUGGCACUCUUCAUAGCAGCUAUUCUCAUGGUCGAUCCACUCACGGACCCUCUCCUGUCCGUCCAUUGCAUAAACCCCUACGAAGCGUCAACGAAAACUCUGUUUUGCUACCUUCGCCAGGCGCAUUAGAAAGCAUGUUAAAGACUACCACUGAGACGGGAGAUAUCGGGAUAUUCAGCAUCAAACCCAUACCGCCAUUGCCACAACGAAGAGAAGACAUUGGGCUGCGUUCAUAUUCAAUGACCACAUGUGAAUCCCGUCAGCUUUCUCAUCAUAAGUCGACGACAACUCUGCAAAGUCAAGCUAGCGGAGGCCCGCUUCAACGUCCUCGAUCGCCUUUCCCGUAUCCGACUCGUUUGAAGAGGCCUGGAGUUCGUCCGGCAUCUCCGGCACUUACUGAAACCGGGCGGGUUGACUAUAGCCGUAUGGUGGAAAUUGACCGAGCCUCAUAUAGGACCCCCCACGGCCCUUACAAGCCCUCUUAUCACCCGACGCCGCGGAGGCCUACUGCUCUAGGUCUCAGGACAGAUGCUAACCUAUCUACCGUUUCGCUGCCGUCGCAAUGCCUACCGCCACUUAGUCGUUAUGGACCACUAGGACCUUCUUCAAUCAGAACUCAUUCCACAGCUUCGAUGGCAUCUUAUAAUGCCCCAUUUCGCGAAAGAUUUGAUAGUUCUUCGUCCAGGACAUCGAGCCUUACCUCCAUAGUACAUGUGUACCACAAGCCACCACACACGCCUAGGGUAGGUCCUAGUGGACAUUCGACGGCAGCACCGCGCUAUUACGACUACACCGAAGGGUUCGAGAGUAGGCAACCGCGCGAUACAACUCCUGUUCAACCUUAUGCACCGGUCCCGACUCGCGUGUCAAACUACCAUCAUCCACUAGUACUACAAGAUUCCGAUGAACAUCUAGCAGCUGUGUUCAGGGAGCGAGAUUCGCCAUUUUUCGAGACUGGCAACCCUAGCCCCGAUAGGAUGGGUAGGUUCGAUAUUUUUGGUAAUGCUCCUAGGAAUCAAGUUGGAGGUUAUCAAGCGACAGUGGAACGAGCCCCUUCCCGUUGCCGCACUGGUUCUCUCCGUUCCGAUUGUAGAUCGAUCGCAUUUGACAGCGCAGAUACAGAGAGAAAAUUCGAAAAGGGGAGCGACAUCGACUUAUUGCCGUCGCAAGCAGGUAGAGAUUCUAUGGAUACGUUCAAUCCAAGCCUUGAUCCGGAGUCACGGGAUGCCCCUACAUACAGAUACGCAGAUUACCGGCUAAAAGCUACGGCAAAAACUAAAGAAAAUUCACUGGAGAGGCAAGUUCAGGUUCAAGGCGGUAGAGCUCCUACGAUUCGAAGUGAACAAGGAGUGAUAUUAAGGGACGACACGCAGGGGGAGACCCUGAACGACUAUGAGAUAGGCGAAAGUAAUAUUGGCAGCCUAUCUGAAGAACGAAUUCAACGAAGUUUACUGAGCCCUUCUACCAUAAAACGACCAUCUUCUGCACCAAUUCGAGAGCUCUCAACGUCGAUUCAACAUGAAACCAAGGACGAAGCUCAAGCCGGAUUUUGCACAAUAGCCCGUUCUCGUUCAGAUUGCAAUAGAGUGAUCAUUCGCAAUAAUAGAUUUCGAACGGAAGUUGUGAAUAGCGCCGAUAGCUGCGAGUAUGACACUCUUGACAAUGGAGAAGACAGCGAAAGUAAACAUUGCGGCAGUAAAGAGGUCGACAUCGUCUCACCUUCAUCAAGCCAGACAACAGUCGUACAGAGACCGCGGUUUCGACGUCAUAAGAGAAACCAGGCUGUACCUAGAAUUAGCACCAGUAGCUUGCCUAGAGAGGAUAACGAAGGUUUUCCUUAUAUCUCUCCUUCUUGUUCUACUACACCUAUCGUCUCGCCGAAGCCGAUUUCACCUGCGCGCCAACUAAAGCUGAAGAAUAGCAUCCCUCAAUUAAUGAAAGCAUUGCCCCCUUUGCCUGGAGAUCCCAACUAUAUACCGCCACCAACGCCAAGUACAGAGAGCACAUCAAGCAACGAUACCGAUUCCAUCGAGGUUCUAGCUCCGUUUCAAUUCUCUCGGUCUCCUACAAUUGAUCAAAUUGAGGAUAUUGUUGGAGUGUCGAAGUGUAAUCCUAAUGAUAACCGAGUUGUACGCCUACAUAAAAGCGCUCCAAAGUUAAGACUCAAGACGAAAACGUCUAAUCGCUCAGAAGCUACGACAUUUUCGGGAACGAACCUUUUGAAUGCGCCAGCUUGGUCCCCAGGAAUGGCUAAUCCAUAUUUUGAAGCCCAGAACGCCGAUCACGAUGUCCAAACCAGGACCCGAAAUAGGUUGAAACUCAGGUCAUCCAGGAGUACCGUUGCUAGCAGUACUCCAUCCGCUACAGUUCGCCGGAAUGUAGACGGAGAGGUUUCCAACCCUAUCAUCGGCAUCACACGACAAAGGCCGAGGGACUUAUUCACAGUUUCAACCAGUCUCAGCCCUACGCCCUCUUCGAUAAAUAAAAAGUCACCUCGACCUCGAUGGAUUGAGGACUGUUCUAGCAGGGGCACUUCUGAAAUUGACACAUCGAAUGGGGUAGCAUCUCAAUUUCGAGAACGGACACUGGUAGUGAAUAGGGAAGGCCAGAAUAGACCGCUAUAUGACUCUCAAUCUAUAAAUACCCGUGCGGCCACUAAUGUGAGACGGCCCCAGCGUUUGAGAAGACCCUUAUCAGACCAUUAUUUACAGGUACGAUCCCUCGGGCCAAUUUCGACGACAACAGACAGCACUAUUGGACAGGACGUGAAGGAAAAUAAGUCGACAAUCAAUUUUAAGGGAUGGACACUCGAUUCGAGGGAACCAUGA